AUGGCACAGAACCGGACCAUGGAGGCUCGCGUCGGGCGCAAGAACCAACGUUACGGUUCGAAAGGAGAGCGCCUGGUGGCUGGAGUCGUCCCGCUGUCCGCCGACAAGACCAAAGUCCUUAUGAUUCAGUCCGCGGGCCCCGGUGGUUGGGUCUUGCCCAAGGGAGGAUGGGAAACCGACGAACAAACCGCUCAGCAGGCUGCAUGUCGUGAGGCCUGGGAGGAAGCCGGCGUCAUCUGCACCGUGUUGCGAGAUCUGGGGUUGAUCCCCGAUAUGCGCCCCUCCACCCUCCUCACCGCGCACACUCCUAAGGCAUCCUACCAAUUCUUCGAGGUCAGCGUCGAGCGCGAAGAAUCCGAAUGGCCCGAGAUGCACAAAAGGAAACGCCAGUGGGUGAGCUAUUCUCAGGCUGCGACUGCGUUGGCCAAUCGCCCUGAGCUGCUGGAAGCUUUGAAUCGCAGCUCGCUUAAGCGGUAG